CGUGUAAUUAAGAUAAGGAGAAAGAAGAGAGAGAGAGAGAGAGAGAUUCUAUGUAUGGUUAUAGCACUGUCUUUUUGUUUUGUGUAUUUGUCUUGGCUUCAAGCAAAGAGCAAAAACAUGAGUUUUGAGAUAAGGUAAGGAUGGAAUUUAUGGAAUUGGAGACAAGUCUAAAUUGGAAUUCUUUCUUUUAAGAGUGAGAGAAUUUUUAAGAGAUCUGUUGGAAUUAUGUUGAGCAGUGAAUGUUUAGUUUUUGUUUUUAUUUUCUUGCUUUAAUUUUUCGUAGCUCUCUCUCUCUGUUACUUCUUCUCUUUUAGUUAGUUUUAGGACACAAAUCCACUUGCUCUCAACUUCACCAUAUCCAUUACGAUGAUGUCUGAAGAUGGGUAUUCCGUUCCUUCAUCUAUCAGAGGCUUUGUUCAUCAAGAACCAACUCCAAACCCUAACCCUAAUCCUGAUCUUACUAUGAAGAAGAAGAGAAAUUUACCAGGAACACCAGAUCCAGAUGCAGAAGUUAUAGCUUUAUCACCGAAAUCUCUCAUGGCAACAAACCGAUUCAUUUGCGAAAUCUGCAACAAGGGUUUCCAGAGAGACCAGAAUCUUCAACUUCAUAGAAGAGGUCACAAUCUUCCAUGGAAGCUCAAGCAAAGAUCAAGCAAAGAGAUUCGGAAGAAAGUAUAUAUCUGCCCUGAAAAGAGCUGUGUGCACCACGAUCCAUCGAGAGCCCUAGGUGACCUCACAGGAAUAAAGAAACACUAUAGCAGAAAACAUGGAGAGAAGAAGUGGAAGUGCGAGAAAUGUUCAAAAAAAUACGCAGUUCAAUCAGAUUGGAAAGCUCAUAGCAAGAUCUGUGGCACCAGAGAGUACAGAUGUGACUGUGGCACUCUCUUCUCCAGGAAAGAUAGCUUCAUCACCCACAGAGCUUUCUGUGAUGCUUUGGCAGAAGAAAGUGCACGAUUCACUUCAGUUUCAGCAGCCAUUAAUGCAAACUUUAGAAACGAUUUGAUCAAUGGAGCUCCUACUAAUAGUAUUAAUCCUCAUCAAUCCACUGGGAUAUCUCAAUUUUCAUCAGUUUUCAGACCAGAAUUCGCCAAUGGAUCAGAGCUGGUGGCUGAUCUUAGCACUGUUGAUGGCCAAAAAUCGAGGCUUCCAAUAUGGCUGGAUCAUGCCAAUCCUCAGAUGAACCUAAUUAAUUCUAAUGUUUUCUUGGCAACCAACUCAGCUUGCUUACCUGAAUUGGCUCAAACCCCACAAAUGGAUAUGUUUGGUCCAGCAACAUCACAAGCUCAGUGGUUCAACAAGUACCAAGAAGCACCGUUUACAGGUGGCAGCAAUCUCUCUGUACCGGCAUUGCCACUAGGACUAAAAGAGGAAGAAGGAAACGAAGGAGAUUUAUCUGAAUCGGCAGCUUCCUUGUAUUCAAGUAACCAGCACCAGCAACAAAGAAACUCAGCUCACAUGUCAGCUACUGCACUUUUACAAAAAGCAGCCCAAAUGGGAUCGACAAGGAGCAAUGGGAUUCCAUUAAUGAGCCCACCAUCUCUCCCAAAUGUGUCGAACUUGAAUUCUUAUAACCAAAGCAAAAGUAUUGAAACUUUCAAGUUUCUGAGCAGACAACCAAAUCAAGCUGCAGAAAACUUUAACGAACUAGCAAAUUCACUCUCUCCAGCUUCAACUCCAGCGACGUUGUUGGGUGAUUCGAACUCGAGCUCAAUCUUGGGUAGUGAUAAUGCAACCAAGAACUUAAAUCAUUUGAUGAUGCAAUCAAAUAGGAAGCAAAACCAUGGGAGCUCCAGUGAAAUAGAGGGAAGUUUAACCAGAGACUUUCUUGGUGUAGGAGGUGAAACUCGCAGACCAUUGUUGCAGCAAGAGAUAGCGAAAUUUGCAUCGAUAAGUUCAGGCAUGGAUUUGAGCCAAUAUUGUUCUGGAAAUCGCUAAGUUCAUCGAAUUUCAGAAGGUAAAGAUUGUCCUUCUUCUUUUUAAAAUUGCAGCAGAAUACAACUGAGGAGUAGACACUAGGUGACAGACGAAGAAAACUUAUGAAGGGAGUGAGUCUCCGAGUGACACUCAAUGAAAGAAAGCGAGUGAACUCCGACGAGUUUGAAAAGGGAGACUUGUGACUUGUGAGUGGUCAGGAACGUGGGGGCCACUGCAUGUUGGAAGAGACUUAACAGAAAAAGACAGAUAUGGCAAUCAAUCAAUGGAGGUUGCUGGGACCCUCCAUGCAUGUAGUUUGUAGCAUCUGAUCUCCUUUUUCUUUUUUUUUUUUUUUACUUCAACUUGGAAAAAAAAAAAGAAAAAAAAAAAACUUAAUUCUGUGACUGAGAUGAUCACAGAUCACGGGAUUCAGAGCUA